AUGAUCCCCCUUCUUUUGCUCGCCAUCUUUUUGUGCGUGUCAGCGUCAUACGGUGAGCCAAUCAACUGGAAUUCAACCGAAAAGGCCCUUCUUCAGAGUCCGUUGACAAGCGAGUCGACGAAGUGAUUCCCGAGUUCCAGAGAAGUGUGUUCCGGAUGCUCGACCGACGGUCAGUCCUUCCCGCCCUCUUCUUCCCCAUCUUGUGAAUCCUGUUCCAGACCGCCCGUCGUGCACAGCCGUGCCUCAAGAGUCGACUGCAUGCUCGCCCUCCGCAGCUUCGAACUCUGUCGUAACUUGCUCUGA